AUGAGCUAUAAUGGAGAUAAAAUUGCAGCAUUUGCAUCUGAAUCUGAUAACUUGAACACCUAUGACAAACAUGGAAGUGGCAGCUUUCAUUUAGAAAGUGACGAUAUAUCUCAAGAAAAUGAUGGUAAAUCAAGAAUAACAGCUCCAUUGAGUGUCUAUCAUAUGUAUGAAGCAAAACUGGCUGGCCUUUUAAGCAAGAAUGGCAUUCUAGAACUAGAAGGGCAGUUAGCAGCUGCUUUGGCUAGUCGUGAAGCAGCCGAAAAGAAUUUGUCAUCUGCUCUCAAAAGUCGAAAGGAAAUAGAAAACUAA